AUGAUGGACUACAGGACAGGACUGCUGCUUUUAGCUCUUUACUGAACAGGUGUUGAUGGCCAGACUCUAAUGGAAUCUGAACCAGUGGUAAAAAGACCAGGAGAAACCCAAAGACUGACCUGUACAGCCUCUGGAUUCUCAUUCAGCAGCCAGCGUUUCUCCUGGAUCAGACAGACUCCUGGAAAAGGACUAGAGUGGAUUGCUUAUAUCAGCACUUCCAGUACUCCCAUCUAUUACUCCCAGUCAGUCCAGGGUCGAUUCACCAUCUCCAGAGAUGACUCCAGCAGUAAAGUGUAUCUGCAGAUGAACAGUUUAAGGUCUGAGGACACAGCAGUGUAUUACUGUGCACGAACAGGUGACAACUGGGCUUUCGACUACUGGGGAAAAGGCACCAUGGUAACGGUGUCAUCAGCGACUUCCAAGGCCCCAGAGGUAUUUCCUUUGAUGUCAUGUGGCUCUGGGAGUGGAGACACGGUCACCCUGGGGUGCCUUGCCACCGGUUUCACUCCCUCCUCACUGACUUUCGAAUGGAAACAAGAUGAAACACCUUUGCCUGACUUCAUCCAGUAUCCUGCAAUACAGAAAGGCAGUGAAUAUAUGGGAAUUAGUCAGAUCCAAGUCAAGAGACAGGACUGGGACGCAAGAAAAUCUUUCAGAUGUAUCGCAAAACACGCCGCGGGGGAAAGACCUGCUACUGUGAUCAAGCCAAGAAUGAAGGUUUUCUCUCCAAAUAUCACACUGUACCCUGUAUGGGACAGUGAUUUGAGGGCCUCACAAGUCACACUCAUCUGUACCCUAAGUGGCUUCUUCCCCAAAGCGGUGAGCGUGGAGUGGCAACAGAACGAUGUGCAUCUAGCUCAUACUAAACCGAUUGAAAGGAUGUUGCAGAGUAUGGACGGAGAGGAGAAAACCUACAGUUUAACCACUGAGAUCCAGCCAAGCAAGGACGAGUGGGAAAAUGGUUCAAGUUUUACUUGCAAGGCGGUUCACAAAGACAUUACAUUUAAAAAGGCAACAAGUAUUUGUCACAUUUAUGGAAGAAACUCUCCUUCCAUCCACGUGGAGAUUCCCAGUUUUCAGACUGUAAUGAAGUCAGUCUCUGAGGUGAAAGCCACAUGUUUGCUCCACACUGCCUUUAAUGCCAAAAUCACCUGGCUGAUGGAUGGGAGGGUCUUACCAAGUGAUAAAGUGACAACGACUUCAAACACAACUCAUAUAAUCAGUGAUGUUACAGUUUCCCCGAGUCAGUGGAAGCAGAUGAAGAAAGUAACAUGUAGAGCAGAACAUAAGUGCUUCACAUCUGCUGAGAAGACAGUAGACGUAGCAGGACCUCCACCUCAAGCUCCGCAGGUGGAGAUCAGGAGAUCUCUACCAGAACUGCUGAAGGGAAACACUGCUGCGCUCCAGUGUGACAUCACACAACUCUCCUCACAGGACAUUUACGUCACAUUUCAGGCCAAUGGAGUUGAUAUGUCUGAGAAAGAGUAUGUUGAACUUCCUGAAGCUCCAGGCCACCAUUCAGUCAGCAGAAGCUUCUCUGUGCCUCAACGUUACUGGACUAGUGACACGAGUUUCACCUGCACAGUGUACCAAGGCCUCUCCAUCACACCUUUCAUGUCUAAUUCCAUUAGCAAAAUAAUUGUGGACCCCUCAGUGGAACUCCUUCUGGCCCCCAGUGAAGAGUCAGGACAACAGAAACUCUUAUGCUCUGGAUUGGGCUUCAACCCUCAAAUUAAAUGGUUAUCUGAGUCAAAGGAGAUAUCCUCAUCGACUGAACACAUCAGCAUAGAUUCAAAUGGAUAUGUGGCAGUGACCAGUAAGCUACUGGUUCCUCAGACGGAGUGGAAAACGGGGAAGGUUUUCACCUGUGAAGCAUCUGACAGCUCUCUGAGAAAACAUUUCAGAAAGAACAUCAGUCUCUGCUCAGUGACUCCAGCAUCCUCUCAGAGAGUUGGUGUCUACGUUCAGGGACCACCACUAGAGCAGCUUCAGAACAAGGGACAUGUGACUAUCACCUGCCUUUUGGUCGGCCCUCAUCUCAGUGAUUUCUCCAUCAAAUGGACAGUGGAUGGAAAAACCUGUUCACCUUCUAACCUCUAUGUGGAGCAACCUGUGGAUCACAGCAAUGGUACAGAGACUUUGCGCAGCUUUCUCAACGUAUCAGCGGAGGAUUGGCUUGCACAUAAACAAGUGUCUUGUGAAGGAAAGCAUCGAUGUUCUAAUCAGGGUCAUGAGGACUACAUCAGCAAAAGCAAAGAUUUGUAUCCACCAGCUGUGACGAUAAUCCAACCAACUGCCUCUGAGUUGUCUGCGUCUGACAACUUCAUGCUUACUUGCUCAGUUUCUGGAUUUUUCCCAUCGAGCAUCAUUUUGCACUGGGAAGAGAAUAGCCAGAGACUCCCAUCCUCUCGUUACAUUAACAGUCCUCCAUGGAAAUACCCAGGAAGAAGCUCUUAUUCAAUGAGAAGCAGACUCAAUAUAUCCAAGACUGAGGACAAAAAGUCAACUUAUACUUGUGUUGUCAGACAUGAAUCAUCAGAGACCCCAGUUAGAAGCAGUAUACAUGAUGUUUUUGCCUCAGUGACCCACAGCAAACCUUCAGCCAUCUUGCUCCAAGGCUCUAACGAACUUGUGUGUCUGGUCUCUGGCUUCAGCCCUGCAUCCAUUAACAUCACCUGGUUUCGUGAUGAAAAUGUACAACUUUCAAACUACAAUAAUAGUGAGGUCCACAGAGGACCAGAUGGAAAGUUCAGCAUUCAAAGCAGCCUUCGUCUGUCCCAAGUGGACUCCUUACCCGGGGUGGUUAUCACCUGCAGGGUGACACAUGAAAACACCACCCUGACUCGGAAUAUAUCUAAAACAGACACACUGGAGCACUGCCAUUUCUUUGAUGACAUCACGCAUGCUGAUAUAAGCCAAGAUACAGUUGUGGAAACGUGGUAUAUGGCUGUGCUUUACCUCGUUCUUUUCUUCAUCACUGUCAUAUUUGCUGUCGUCAUCAUGAUUAUUAAGACUAAAUGAUAACAAAAGGGUAGAUCUCAUUUAUCUAAAUAUCUUAGGAUUUUUUUUGGCAUAUUUUGACUUACUUUCACUUGUAAUGGACUGAUAUAGUUCUUUUGUGUGUGUGCUUUUAACUUGUUGAAUUUUAUGGAAUUUCAUCCAAACUUUAUUAUUUCUCCAUAUUUCAGUCAUGUAUGUGGUGUGGUAUGCAUGAAAACUACUCUAUGAAUAAAUUAGAUCAAUAAGUCAAACAUGUUUUACUGCAUUUAACUAGAUUUUAUUUAUUUAGAAGUCAAAAUCUACAUCUAUUUUUUUUUUUUAAGCUGGAAUAAUUUUUUAAUAUUGUCUUUCCCCACAUCUCUUGCA